GAUCGCCGAACUCUCUGUAAAACGUUCAAAUUGAUGGACGAUGUUGUCAAAGCAUGCCAAAAUCACCGGCUAAACCUGAAAAACUCUCCACCAUUCAUAUUGGACAUAUUGCCUGAUACUUAUACACAGCUUGUCUAUAUCUUCACUCAAAAUCAUGUUAUUCUACGGGACAAUUACUAUAUACAGAUCUUCCUGGAGAAUAUGCAACAAAAAUGUAAACAGGUACUCAAAUUGUUCAAAACCAAUGCUAUCUUCGAAGAACAAUCACAGGAGAGACGUACUCUGACGAAAUUAUCUCUCAUCUUCUCUCAUAUGCUAUUUGAACUAAAAGCUGAAUUUCCUGAUGGGACGUUUAUAGGCGAUAAAUUUCGGAUAACAAAGCGUGAGGCCGAGGAUUUUUGGAACACCAAUUUCCACAAUAGGACUUGUGUACCUUGGACUGAGUUCGUCGUUGCUAUAGAAAAGUCUCAACCAAACUCCAAGUUGAAAUUGUCUGCCCUCAAAAACACCGUAGAUCUUACUGGGAACGACCAUGUUUCGAAUUUCGAAUUUGAUGUUUUCACGAGGUCCGCAAUAGCUUUCUCUUACUGUGUAGCACGAACUCAAAUACUUGUGUUUAGACUAUUCUAUCCAUGGAAAACAUUGUUACGGAACUGGCAGUUGCUAACCACUGCACAUCCCGGGUAUGUCGCAUUUCUUACGUAUGACGAGGUGAAGAAGAAACUGGAGAAGCUCGUGGACAAGCCUGGAAGCUACGUCUUUCGCCUCUCCUGUACACGCCCAGGCCAGUGGGCGAUAGGCUAUGUAGCUCCAGAUGGCAAAAUAUUCCAAACCAUCCCGCAGAAUAAAUCGCUAAUUCAGGCCCUGCAUGAAGGUGGCAAAGAGGGAUUCUACCUUUAUCCCAACGGCAACCCGAAGGAUAUAGAUCUGAGUACUGUGAUAGAAGUACCUCCCGCAGAUAGAGUCAAGGUUACCAGUGAACAAUACGACCUAUAUUGUGAAAUGGGGACAACAUUUGAGCUGUGCAAAAUAUGUGACGACAACGAUAAAAACGUGAAAAUAGAACCAUGUGGACAUUUAUUGUGCACUCCAUGUCUGACUAGCUGGCAGGUAUGA